AUGCAGAUUACUUACGCCUUCAUCGUGUCCGCCUUCGCCGUCGCCGCCGAGGCGGUUACAUGUGCCUCGGCACCCUUCAAGAGCGGCAAUGUCUUCCUCUUCAGCGAGCGGACCGGUGGCGUUCAGCAGGCCGACUUCAAUACGGGUUUCCUCCGAUACACCCCGAACAGCGACGCCACGAAGGCGGGCAAGCUGGAACUCUCGAACCAGACCCAGGACCGCAAGGUCAUGUGCGUCGGCGAAAAAGACGCCAAAGACUGGACGUGCUUCUGGUUGGACGCUGGUGGCACUUGCGACACGACUCUCUUGCUGGAUCCAAGCAAAGACACUAGCGUAAGUUACUACUUCCACUGUUGGAGAAGCUAUUAUAAGGUGGCAUGGGCUAACAUUAACAAAGGUUGGCACUGCAUAAUUGGUGCUUCAAUGUAA